AUGUUAGGCUACCCACAAGACGGUUUAACCUGCAGUCCAGUGUGUGUUCCAGCAUCAGUAAAAGUUAAAAACCUUUUUUGCGGCACCACAAAACGCCAGUGUGGUUUCCAGCCUUCCAUUGCGAUUCUAACUCACGACCGUCGCCUGGCUCCUAAGAGCACAAGCCACUGCACAACUGCAGCUCUGUGUCU